AUGUCAAUAUUCGAGACGCCCCCUUCUCAGCGCCAGUACCAUUCUUCGCUGAACCCAGUAUACCCCGAUCUCCCCGUGGAGCUGCGGUCUUCCUCGAGGAAUUCCUAUACUGGUGGCUCAUCAUCGGCCUACGUCGCGGACGGCCGGUCAUCACAGCCCUUCGCUGCCGUGCCUUCUGGAUCUGAGUCUGGGGUCCCGCAGGCUCCGAAGCCGGUCUCCUCCACCGAUAAUCUGGGGCCUGUGCCUCGCGCCGCUAGGACCAUCAAUGAAUUUUUGACGACAGAGGCGAGGUAUCCACAGCUUGAUGAUAUAGUUUCCCAGGGUCAAUCAUCCGAUUAUGACCUCCCGCGCUCAUCGGCAUGGGAGCCAUUCCAGAGAACGGCUUUGCACACUAUCCCGGACUCGAUCUUCGAGCAGUACAAUCGUGCCACAAGUCAUACCAUGAUGGGCUUGUUUGCUGAGUUGCAGCAGGCGUGGAUUACGGUUGACAACCGUCUCUACCUGUGGGACUACACAACUCAAGGAUCUUUCCAAGGUUACGAAGCUCAACCAAACAAUAUUACCGCUGUCAGACUGUUGUCGCCCAAACCAGGGGUCUUUGUCGGCGAUGUCAAUUAUGUCCUCGUUAUUGCGACAACGCUCGAUAUCUUCUUGCUCGGUGUGCAGGCGGUUCCGAACGCUAGGGGCGGGAGGGAUGUUACUCUUUUCGAGACUAAGAUGAGUGUCCCGACCAAAGGACUCGGUAUUAGCGUGAUUGAGGGCUCUAAGAAGACGGGCCGGAUAUUCUUCGGUGGGAGGGGGGAUAAUGAUAUCUAUGAAUUCACCUACCAGGCGGAAGAGAAAUGGUUUUAUGGAAGAUGUGGGAAGAUUUGCCAGACUAGUGGGGGCGUUUCAUCAUUUGCUCCUAGAAUACCAUUGCCCUUCUUGAGUGGACCGAAGGAUACGGAAUAUAUUGUCCAGAUGGUUAUGGAUGAUACCAGGAAUCUACUCUACACGCUGUCUUCGAAGUCAGCUAUCAGGGCCUUCCAUGUCAAAGGGGAGACCGCGUUCUCACUGAGCAUCACGCACUCAUUUUCGCACACGCUUGCCAACAUCCGGGUUAUGAUCGGGAACACGCCGUUACUGGAGCCUAAAACUCCCAUUGUUUCGAUCAGUCCUGUGACCUCCCAACAAGCUCGCAGGACUCACUUGAUUGCGACGACUACCACUGGUUGUAGGCUUUAUAUGAGCGCUGUGGCUUCGGAAUACGGAUUCGGAGGAUCGGAAUCUGCGCCGACAAGUAUGCAGGUGAUUCACGUUCGAUUUCCCCCAUCAACGGGACCGACUUUGACACCCACUCGGAAGGCAAAGGUAUUCGCGCCUGGGUACUUCUUUUGCUUCGUUGAUAAGCCGGAAGCUGUGGAUGAGCUCUUCCUCUCGGCACCUGAUUCCGGGAGAAUCGCGAUCUUGGCGGAAGGAACCUCAAGGGCUACACUUAUUGAGACGGGGAUGUCUGUGAACCUGGACUCGAGGGUUGAGGCGGUUGAAUUGAUCUCGGUGCCCUUUGCGGCUAGCAAAGGGCCUAACGGAUUCGGGAACGAAUCAGCGGUCCAAUACGAUUUACCACCAACCGAAGUCGCUAUCUUGACAAAUUCUGGGGUUCAUAUCAUCAAGAGGAGGCGGCUUAUUGAAGUCUUUGAUGCUGCUAUCAGAUAUGGAAUGACCAGUUCCCCAAUUGGUGUAGAGGGCGAAGCUAGGAAUUUCUUUGAAAAGUAUGGGCGAGCUGAGGGGUGCGCUUCUUCAUUGGCAGUUGCCUGUGGGGCAAGCACCGAGACCGUCAAUCAAUCGCAGGCUCGGACUACAGACGUAGAAGUUUCCGAGUUCGCAAGGAAGUUUUUUAUUGACUAUGGUGGCAGGCCACGGGCUGAGAACGUCUACGAUGCUUCGGCAUUGCCUAGCCUCGACAGCGUCAAGGUUUCAGGGAGAGCAGAGGGUCUUGCGCUUUAUAUCUCCAGGAUUGUUAGAUCAAUCUGGAAGGCUCAAAUGGUUGUGGAAGUUCCUAGCGUUGCGGGUGUUGCGAGCUAUCAUAGUGGUGUGCCGGUUGAAAAACUGCUAUCCAUACAGGAGCAACUUGUCAAAUUGUCGGCCUUCUUACAAAAUAACCGUAGCUUUAUUAAUGGAUUAUCCGGAGCCGAGUCCCUGAUGGGACUGGGUAGUAGGGUUGAGGAGGUUGCCCAGCAGGCUGAACAUCGGAUGCUGCAUGCUCUUGUUACCCUAGUUGGUAACAUGAUUGAGGGUAUAUCGUUUGUGCUCUUUAUGCUCGAUGAUAAACUUGGGGAUAUCAUACUCAGUCUUCCAGACAACCAGAAAGAGGAGGCCAAGAGGGUUACUUAUGCUGGUUUAUUCACGAGUGAUAGCGGGGCCGCCCUUGCGAAGGAGUUAGUCACAGCAAUUGUCAAUAGAAAUAUUGCGGCUGGAUUGAAUGUGGACACUAUUGCGGAUGCGCUACGGCGACGGUGCGGAAGUUUCUGUAGCGCCGACGAUGUUGUAGUGUUCAAGGCUAUUGAACAGGUCCGCAGAGCAAAGACAGAUGGGGAUCCAGACAACAGGAACAGACUUUUGAAGGAGAGCUUGCGGUUGUUCGAGGAGACUGCCGCGAGCUUGACAAUGGAGAACCUCCGGGAUACCUUGAUAGAAUACCGGAGCUUGAAUUACUAUCCUGGAUCCGUGCAAUUGGCUCUUACAGUCGCCAGGGAGAGUGAUAGGGGCAAUGAAGCUUUGGGAUUCUUGGCUGAUGGAGCAGUUCCGACCGAUCCGAGAGCCCACUUCCAUGCAAAGCGUGAGGAAUGCUACCGGUUGGUGUUUGAAGUAUUGGACGAGUUGGAUUCGAAGUUUGGACAGAGUCCGGAAAUGCAAGAUGGCAUGCCGACUCCAGCCACCCGCCUGCGAAAUGAAACCUGGCAAUUGGUCUAUACCUCUGAUGAUGAGGUCUUCCAUAAUACUCUUUACGAUUGGCUUCACAGACGUGGGUUGUCCGAUAGACUCCUCGAGGUUGACUCGCCGUAUGUUCUUGGAUAUCUCCAGCGACGAAGCUCGGAAUCCCUUGACCAUUACGACCUGUUGUGGCAGUAUCAUGCCCGGCGCGAGAGCUUCUAUGGCGCUGCCGAGGUUCUUCAUAAGCUUGCCCAGAGUGACUUUGAUUUGUCGCUUGGGAAGAGACUGGAAUUUCUUAGCCGAGCAAAGGGCUUUUGCGGCAGUUACGGUCCAAUGGGUAUUAGACAGAAGAUGAAUGAGCUCAGUCAUACUCUCCAGGAGGAAUUGGAUGUUGCGGUUAUCCAGGACGAUGUGCUUCGACGAGUCAAGGAGGAUGGUCGGAUCAACUCUUCAAAGAAGGAAAAGUUGAUCAAGGAGUUGGAUUCGAACUUGCUUACUCUUAGCGAUCUUUUUAAUCGCUUUGCGGACCCUUAUGGAUACAUGGACAUCUGCCUUGCUAUUUUCCAGGGCGCAGACUACCGUGGGGCUGGGGAGAUCAAGAAGUGUUGGGAGCAACUCAUCAGCUCAAUCCACACCGAUGCAGAGGCUUCUGGCCAGGGCCAUCCAUACGAGCUUGUGGCUGACAACAUUCGACGAUUAGGUCACAGGUUCAAUAACUCUGAAUACAUUUUCCCUCCAAACGAUCUUGUCCAGCUUCUAGAAAUCUACGCCUACGAACACCAACGCGACGUUGGUGCGCCAACCUGGGUCGUAGACUGUCUCCUGGAAGCCGGUAUCCCGGCUGAGACAAUCCUGAGAAUCCUGGACGAGAUGUACUGGCGCGACGAGGUGCCUUUUCAGGGUACGGUGCGCCGGAGGCUAGUGAGGGACAUGGCCUACGUUGCGGAGAAGUGGUUCACGCAUGCCGUCCGGAGGGGCGGGGAAGCGCUUGCCAAGAAGGAAUUUGUGAAGGGGGUGCUGACGGGUUUGUCAAGAGUUACCUCGGACAAUGAUGACAGACUGAGGAUUAUGGGGAUCCUGGAGGAAAUUAGACGCAGGAUGGGGUAG